UCGUAUUUAAAAAACUAGACAUUUUUUAGAGGAGAAUGAUAAAUUAUAUAUUGACUUUCAAAAAGUAUACUUGAGUUUUCUAUAUAAUUAAGGAAUAUAACCUCGAGAACCCUAGUUUUUUUACUCUAGAGUUUAGAACCACCUGUAAAAUUACUUUGGGGACUGAUCAGUAACCCUAUCCAAGCUAUAUAUGGCUGCCAGUGAAGGGAUAGAAAAUUUGAAGGUGGCCCUAGCUAGUGACGUGAUGUUAUUUCACGUGAUCUUCUAUUGGGAGAAAAAAAGUAGGAAAUUACUUGGAAAAAGAAGAAGAAGCAACAUAAUGAGAAUUCUAUUAGUCGUAACUAACGUAAUUGUUGCUCAAUGUGGUAAUUAUGACAGUAAAGAACGUAUUGUGAUUGUCAUGUUAAGUUUGCUCCUAUUUGCUAAUUAAUUAACGGGCACUUAUAAAAAGUUGAAAAAUGCGUAAGCUGGCCAGGAAUUUCAGAAACUGGUGAGGCCCCAUCUUCAUUCACUGAUAAUAAAAACAUUAUGUUAACAUGAUUCACAGUAAUUUAGAGAUCGCUGGCAUGGCGAUGCACUGGGUGACGAAGGAGGCAGCUUAAUUUGUUGCGUGCAUGGAAUGAGCUUCUAUACUCUGACCAUCGAAGACGUGCCAUCUGUUCCCUGAUGCUGACCUCUUUCUUAGUUUUAGGACUUCUGCAUUAGUUUGUUUUUGACCAUCAUUAGUCAUUCGAUAUUUGGAUCUCAAAUUUGCCCUCGGCAUUUUGAAGUAUAACAAUUAUAGAACUAGCCUACCUUGGCCCUUGGGGGACAACCUAGCUAGCUAGCUACACUCUUUAGAUAUAUCGGCCAGAAUUAAUAUAUUCGUGUGGCAGAGCUUAGUGAUGAAAAUGUCACUAGCUAGGAGAAUAUGUGAAUUCUUGGAAAAUAUAUAUGUAUUCGAUAGGCUUCCUGAUCUCUGCAAUAUUGAAAUGGAAGACAGGCUUUUUCAUGCCUCUCAAUGUAUAGAAAAUCUGCACCAGGGAUAUAUAUACUUCUGAAGUUCAGCUGAUAUUGAGGUUUGAGGCCAGUCGCGGAUGGAAUAGUGGAAUCCAAAAACAUUGUGCCCUACCACGAGCUAGCUGUCUUGAUUACCGAAACAUAUUUUAAUAGUUGGCUGCUUAAAAUAUUAUGGCCGAUUGAUUAAUUAAGAGUAAUUAAUCACCUUAGAGGGAGGAGACGGAGAGGGCAUAGCUGACAUUUCAAGAAUAAAAAGGUCAUUGUUGUUUUGCUUAGCAAAUGGGAAGCUACCACAUCAGCCUGCUUCUUUUUCUGGGCUCUAUUAUAUCAGGGUGGCAUGAAACAUGGAACGCAUAUAAAUAGCAAGCCUGCAGUUAAUGGUUGGAUCAUAGGGAGCCUAAUCUUAAGGUGAAAAACAUAGGAUACAGUACUGUCUUAUACUCUUGAAAAUGGGCAGGUCUCCUUGCUGUGACGAGAGUGGCCUCAAGAAAGGUCCCUGGACCUCUGAAGAAGAUCAAAAACUUGUCAAAUAUAUCCAAAAACAUGGCCAUGGAAGCUGGAGAGCCCUCCCUAAACUUUCUGGUCUUAAUAGAUGUGGAAAGAGUUGCAGGUUAAGGUGGACAAACUAUUUAAGGCCAGAUAUCAAAAGAGGGAAAUUUUCUCAAGAAGAAGAACAAACAAUUCUAAAUCUCCAUUCCGUCCUUGGCAACAAAUGGUCUGCAAUUGCAAGCCACCUACCGGGUCGGACCGAUAAUGAAAUCAAGAAUUUCUGGAACACCCACCUGAAGAAAAAGCUCAUUCAAAUGGGUUUUGAUCCCAUGACUCACAGGCCUCGCACCGAUAUCUUCUCAAGCUUACCUCAUCUUAUAGCCCUAGCUAACCUGAAGGAGCUCAUAGAUCACCAUUCAUUGGAAGAACAUGCUCUGAGACUACAAACAGAAGCUGCACAAAUGGCAAAACUUCAAUAUUUGCAAUACCUCCUUCAACCUCAACCUCCUGCAGCUUCUAAUACUGCAACAAGCUCAAACAACCUAAACAAUAUCGGUACUCUUAGUGACAUCGAAGCCUUUAAUCUCUUGAAUUCACUUGCUUCACUCAAGGAUAGCCCAGUGUCAAGUUUAUCCCAGUUGGAUUUACCGGCUUCCUCUCUUCAAGGGAUCAAUGAUAUUUCAAUCCCCUUCUCCCAUUUGCCGGACUUACAAAUCCCUUGCAACUAUCAAACACCACCAACCAAGGGCAUGGCUCAAGCUCCUGAGUUAACAGUGUUUAGUCAAGGAGAGAACUCGCCCAUUUCUCCAUUUCAGUUUCCUUCAUCUUCAACUCCAUUUCCUCCUUCUGCAGUUCCACCUGUAACACAGAUAUCUAGCAUGGUCAACAACUUGGGAGAUGCCUCUAGUACUUCAAGCUAUGGAGAAGAAGUUCCUUCAGUUUGGCAUGACCUCCUUGAAGACCCUAUGUUUCAUGAUAUUGCUUAGCUUAAAUUUUCAUAUAUGUGAAAAAGGUUUGGAGUUUCACCACCACUUCACUGUGUAAUAACACAACAUAUAUACACUGUUUGUAGCUGUACGUAUGUAUACUUUAGGACAUUGCACUCAUCAUGGUAGAUAGAUUUACAUGCAUGUUUUAUAAUUUAAGCAGAGGCUUUCAUCAUGGAGUGUUACCAACCAUUUAUAUGCAAUUGAGAGACUGAUUUUACUGAGA